CGGCUCGGCCGCUGGGGCCGAGCGCGCCGUGGGCGGGGCCCGCGAGGGGGCUUCGGGCUCGGGAUUAGGACCGAGGCCCGCGUGAAGGUCCGGGGAUCGGGACCCACGUGGGGCACCGGAGGCGGCCCGAGACGCGCGCGGGGAGUGGGGCCCGCGGGGGCGGGGCGGGGCGGCGCCGGCGGUGGCCCUGUCCCCACCCUGCGUCCCGCCCGCCGGCCACCUGCGUCCCGGCUGCGCCUCGGCCGAUCGCGCCGCGUGGACUGUCCGGCGCGGGAUGCGGCGGCGCUAGAGCGGCCCGAGCGGCGAGCCGGCGCCAUGGCCAGCGCUGCGGGCGCGCGGAGCGAGGACUUGGACUGCCUGAGCCCCGAGGCCCAGCGGCUGGCGGAGGCCCGGCUUGCAGCAAAGCGCGCGGCCCGUGCUGAGGCCCGAGAGAUCCGCAUGAAGGAGCUGGAGCGGCAGCAGAAGGAGAUCUAUCAGGUUCAAAAGAAAUAUUAUGGGCUGGAUACUAAAUGGGGUGACAUCGAGCAGUGGAUGGAGGACAGCGAGCGCUACUCACGCAGAUCCCGGAGGCUCGCCUCGGCCUCGGAUGAGGACGAGCGCCUGUCAGUGGGCAGCAGAGGCAGCCUGAGGUCGCAGCCUGACCUGGAGUCUGGGGGUCCCUACGCCUGGAGCAAUGGUUAUGAUGGAGAGCUGUACGGAUCGCAGGCGCCAAGCAGAAGAUCCGGCAGGAACUCCGGCUACAGCGGGGACGGCAGAUUCUCCACUUUGUCAUCGCCCAGGGAGGAGAAGUUGCCCUUGUAUCUGUGCGGCGCGGUACGGCCUGCAGGGAGUUACCGGGCAUCCGUGUUCCAGGAGAGCAGCAUCGACUGGGCUCGGCGGGGCAGUGCCGACCAGGCCCAGCGGGGCAGUGCCUGCGGCUCCCUGGCUCCCUCGGAGUACAGCGGCCACCUCAACUCUGGCUCCCGUGCCUCCUCCAGGGCCAGCUCGGCGCGCGCCAGCCCAGUGGUUGAAGAAAGACCGGAAAAAGAUUUCACUGAGAAGGGCUCCCGCAACAUGCCCAGCCUGUCCGCGGCCACCCUGGCCUCGCUCGGCGGCACCUCCUCCCGCAGGGGAAGUGGUGACACCUCCAUCUCCAUGGAUACCGAGGCCUCCAUGAGGGAAAUUAAGGAGCUCAAUGAGCUAAAGGACCAGAUUCAGGAUGUAGAAGGAAAGUACAUGCAGGGCCUGAAAGAGCUGAAGGACUCGCUGGCAGAGGUGGAAGAGAAAUACAAGAAGGCUAUGGUUUCCAAUGCACAGCUGGACAAUGAGAAGACCAACUUCAUGUACCAGGUGGACACCCUCAAGGAUGCGCUGCUGGAGCUGGAGGAGGAGCUUGCCGAGGCCCGGCGGCAGUGUGAGGAGAAGAGCAAGGAGUUUGAGCGGGAGAGGCACGCACACAGCGUCCUGCAGUUCCAGUUCGCUGAGGUUAAGGAGGCCCUGCGGCAGAGGGACGAGAUGCUGGAGGAAAUCCGACAGCUGCAGCAGAAACAGGCGGGUUAUAUCAGGGAGAUUUCUGAUCUGCAGGAGACAAUAGAGUGGAAAGACAAAAAGAUAGGGGCGUUAGAGAGGCAGAAAGAGUUCUUUGAUUCCGUAAGGAGCGAGCGCGAUGACCUUAGAGAAGAAGUAGCCAAGCUGAAAGAGGAAUGCAAGAAACAUGGAAUAAUCCUAAAUUCAGAAGUAGCUACAAAUGGAGAAACUUCAGACACACUUAAUAACGUCGGGAGCCCAGGACCUACCAAAAUGUCAAAAGAAGAGAUAAACGCCCUCAAGUCAGCCUCAGAUGGGACGCUAGGGAGAGCCAAAGAAGUGGAGGUGGAGAAUGAAAUUGUGGAGAAUGUGGGGAAAACAGAAAUCUUGCAGAAUGCUGAGCACAGACAGCACAAAAAGGACCCAGUACAGAAUGGCGUGGGCGUAGAGGUGUCUGAUCCUGCUGAGAACGCUGAGGGCCAGAGAGGCUCUGAAGACUUAGCAAAUGCUGGAUUCGAGGAGCAAGUACAGAGCCAGCAUCCAGAGGAUUGUGAAACUCUGGGGCAGACUGGCUCCCAGGAAGUCACAGUCAUCUCAGCCGAGGGGACUGGAGCAUCCCUGGGGCAGCCCAAGUGUCCAGAGAAUUUAGGUAGUGGAGCCUCGAGUCCCCUCGAGGGACAGGAUACUUGUAAUGCUUCAGAUGUCAUAGAGCAAAGUGAGCAGUCUGUGGGAAGGCAGGACCAAGAGAACCAAGGUUUGAAAACAGAGGUGGAAGAGACUCACCCAAAACCAUGUCAGGGAUCCACUCCUGUGCAAGGACCUGAAGCUGAAUGGGUGAGUGGUGCAGAUCCUAGGGGGCCAGGUGAGGGCCACAUAGAAGAGGAGCUGGAGACAGGGGGAGCUGCAGUGGGAGCCCCUGAAAGUCACCCUGGGACUCAUCCAGUCAAUGAGCUGGGCACCAGCAUGGGGCACAGCUCAGAGAAGGAGCUCACCAAACAGGAUGCAGCCGAGGCUGGAGAGGCCUCUGCUCAGAGUGCAGAAGUAGGCAGGGAGAACAACAUGGAGGAGGAGGGAGAUGCAGGAACAAAGGACGAGAAACCAGUCCAGACAGAUGCACAGACCAUUCCAGAGGCUCCUGCAGCCAAGGACAACCAAGAGGAAGUCCUGAGUCCAGGGAGGGCAGACCCCGAUCAUGAACCCAGUGAAGUAAAGAACACCCAGCAGACGGAGUCAUUGGAUUCAUCCCAGAAGAAGUCAAAGAAUAAGAAAAAGAAAAACAAAAAGAAAAAAUCAUCUGCACCUGUGGAAAGCCUUGAAGACGUCAGGAAAGAGCUGACCUAUCAGGAUGCAGAUGGGGGCAUGGCUCAGGGAGAGCCAGGACAGUUUGCUGGUGAAAAACCAGCAGAGGAAGCGCAAGAGGAGGUUUCCGAAAACGCAGCGCAGAAAAUCCUGGCGGGAGGUGUCGAGCCUGCUGAUUGUCCCGAGUGGGAUGGAAAACUGAACCAAGAGGAUGAUGACAUGAACCCGGGGAGAGGGAGUGAGGGGGCUGCCCGGGACGCCGUGGAUUUGGCAGGUGGUGCCGUUCAGCCCUCGGGCACUGAUGCUAGUGAGAAAGAGUCAGCGGAAAGUGUCACAGAUGGCAGCGUCGACCUAGCUGGUGUCACUUCAGAGGCGGAGAAUGCAGAUGGGACCAGCAGCUCCCUGCUGCAAAAUGAAAGCCCCUCAGGGACCACCGAGAAUGCCUGUCAGACAGGAAGUCCUGAGAUGUGUGUGACACACGAACAGCAGAAUCAGAUGGUCCAGGAAGCUGCAGGCAGCAUCAGCCUAGAAAAAGGUGACUUGUCUGGGCCAACCGAGGAGCUGGGGGGCUUGGAUUCAGAGAGCAAAAGCCAUGAAAAAGGAGGGAACGAGAAAGGCAAAGGCAAAGAGGACUGCACCAUGUCAUAAGGCAGGCAGGCAAGCAAGCAGGGCGCAAGACAGGCUCCCAGGACAGGGAUGGCCGCACGCUGACCUGCUGCCUCCACCAGGGCCACUUGGAGGUCAUCCUGAGUCUCAGACGCAUUGUGGCAGGGUGACCGCCCGGCCUCUGCUACCCCACAGUACAGACCAUUACUUUUAGGUUUCUAUUAAGUCAUCAAGACUCAUCACCCGGAUCAGAAAAGCACAUUUGUUUUUGACAUAAGUUCAAAAUGAGAGCAUUCCAGGAGCAUGGGUAAGGAAAGCCUGCUCCAGCCCUAGGCGGUGUAGCUUAGCAUUUGCCUGAGACCAACAUAAUGUGACUAUUCCUGACCAAAUACAUCAACAUCUAAUUGAGAUGACCAAAGAGCAUUCUUAGAUUUCUGCUUUAUGAAGAUAGUGGAUAUUUAAGCGACUACGUCUCAUUCAAAUAUAUGUACUUUUCAUAGUUGAUUUUAAUGUGUAUGUUAUAACCUGUCUGGUGUUUUAUUUAAAGGAGAUAAAUGGCCAAGUAGCCUAUAGGUCACUGAGAGAUAAGAUUUUCACCUUUAGGACAAUGAUUAUCGUUUUAGAGAUAACAAAUAUUUGAAAGUACUAGAGAGGUCUUAUUUGCUUUACCUCACUGAAGUAUUUUGUUUCACACUGAGACUUGAGGGUCUCAUUCUCAGUGGUACCCGAAUUGAUUUUGUAAAAGAUUUUGACUUCAUACUAAUGAUGUACCAAAUUCAUUUUAUACAAAGACUUUCAAAAGGUUUUUUUGGAGAUGUUUUUCUAGAGUUGACCUGUUGAAACUGCAUUUCCUACUGUAGUUUUGCUGGGGGGAAUCACAAAUUUUUAAAUCUUGAAAUUGCUACUCUUUGUUUGAAUGUCUUAUUAGUCAAAAGAGCAAUAUAAAAGUUACUUAUUCUUGUGGAAACUACUUAUUAAUCUAUAAUUGGGUAUUUUAAGUAGCUCAAUCACUUUUGUUAUUUUGGUACAAAUAUAUUUGUUGUUUGUCAGUAUAUUGAUUGGAAAAUUCUUGUUUUGACCUGCGAAAGAAAUAUAUAUUUUCUAUAUAAAAGAGCUUUAAAAGUAAUUGUAAAGUUAAAUAAAAAGUAAUGAUAAGAUAUAAAAUCACUCAAGAAUGUACAUUAUGGAUACGGGUGACACUCGAUGAGUUGAUGCUAAUUCAUGUCAUUGUUACGAGAGAUAAUUGAGUGCAGAAGGACCAAAGCCUCGGUAAAACCUGAGCAAACCGAAGUGUUAGACAACUGAAAUAAAAGCAUUUCAUAACUUCACAA